AUGGCCACCUUCCACCCCUUCAACCGCUUCCCCAUCGAGUUGCGCCAAGCCAUCUGGGACGUCUAUCUCGACUAUGAAUGCAACAAGGGCCGUCUGGUGCUCCUCCUUGGAGAUGCACGACGCGUCAGGCCGACUGAGCACCUCCGAUCCCCCCUAUUGUCAGUCAACCGCGAGUCUCGCGACUACGCGCUGAAGAUGUGGUACACCGUUGCGCUUCCUGUCUUUCCCACUGUGCCGAUCCCCCUAGAGUGGACUGAGAUAGUCUCGUCCGAGAUCAUGUCUGACUUUUGGGCCCUCCAUCGCAUGGUGAACCCGACCGAAGUGCCAGGCGACGCACAGGGCACCAUCCACAUCAGCCCGACGCAUGAUACGUUCUUGCUCGUUGACAGCAUCGACUGGGCCAUCUUCCAGAAGAAAAAGCUCAAAACCGGCACCAUUGGCCAGCUUGUGCCCGAACGCCGAAUCACGGGACCCCUGCCGUUGGACGUCUGCGCCAAAAUUCUCAAGUCGAUGGACGUCUACGAAUACUGCAUCGACGAGCAGACGGGGAGAUACACAGACGAGAAUGACGAACGGUUUCCCGAACCGAUAAAUUUCUGCCAACUGAGCAUCAAGGACCUGGUGGCCAAAUACGAGAAGAACGGGAUGAUCUAUUACAAGAAGAAGUUCAUGGAGCUUCAGACGGACGGACAAGCGAAGGACGUGUGGAAGUCUCGUUUCGCGCACUCCUCAGACAUGGAAUAUCGCUAG